AUGGAAUCGCCUUCAGAACUUUCCGAGUACGGCAGCGACGAUUUUCCCGAGGACAUCAAAGGAGGCCGCCAUGCCAGCUACGAAGCCACUCCUGACCACGACCAGCGCCCCAACAAGCGACCACGCCUGAAUAUCCGCGCGCCAUCUUCACCGCCCCAUAUCAAUACCAUGCCGCCCGAGGAAGAGGACGAGCUGUCUGAAGACACAGAUGGCUCGGUCCCUGCGUCGCCACACCACCACCCGGGCAUGUCGCAAGACGACGACUAUGGCCAGGAACAGGUCACUGUCUGCAAAUGGGACGGCUGCACGGCGGGUGACCUGCAGAACAUGGAUAACCUCGUCGAACAUCUUCAUGAAGACCAUAUAGGAACACGGCAGAAGAAGUACAGUUGCGAGUGGAGCGACUGCACAAGAAAAGGCAUACCCCAUGCUAGUGGCUAUGCGCUUAGGGCUCACAUGCGCUCACAUACAAGGGAGAAGCCAUUCUACUGUACCCUUCCAGAAUGCGACCGCUCCUUCACCCGCUCCGACGCGCUGGCGAAGCAUAUGAGGACCGUCCACGAGACUGAAGCACUGCGCCCCUCGGACCCCGUCCCCAAGCACCACUCCUCAAACCCCACAAACAACAAGCAGCGCCUCAAGCUCGUCCUCAACAACGAAGCCAAGAAGCUGCCCCACGACAAAGGCUCAACACCGGGCUCUCCCUCCUCACACUCGCAUCCCCCGAACAGCGCGACCAUUCCGUCCAACGCACCCGCCCCCGCCCCCGACGCCGACUACGCCCACAACAACGUCAUCUACCUGCAAGACCUCGCCAACCCCUCCGCCCCACCGCUCGUCCAAUUCCCACCGGACAUCGAAUUCACACCCGAAGAGCUCCAGCGACCCGCACCCGAACUCUUCCAACUCCUGCGCCGCCAACUCCUGUGGGCAACGCAAGAAGGCGAGCAACUACGCGCCGAAGCCGAGGAGCUCGAACACACCCGCCAGGAAGAAUGGCAAGCCAAAGAACUCCUCUUCGAGAACUACAUGGAAGCACAAGCCGCAACCGAGCGACGGCGCCGCGUCGAUCAAGGCAUGCCCGACGACAUGGAAGGCUGGCAAUCCGUUGAAAACGAUAUCCAGCCCGCGAAAGCCCUGCCCAUCUUACCCCGAGAAGGGAAAUUGCCGUGGUGGCGCGACGACACUCAGCAACAACCGCGGAUUAAGCAGGAAGCGGUUCAGCCUAGACCGCCUCCCGCGCAUAUCCAACCUAUCGAAGAGUCGCAGCCUCAGGUACCCGUUCCGUAG